GCCCCUUGUCGUGCUUUGAGGCGGCUGACAGCCGGGCUGUCGUCUUCUUCGUGGGUUCUUAACAUCUGUAUCUUGGUUCCUGUCUCACCCAUUACUGUUUUUACGAUUGUUUUUUUAACAGCUGCCCAUUUAUUCUGCUGUCUGUGUUGUAACGUACGCGCGCUGAAACCUCAGCGAAACGCGUCCUCAUUUCACCCGGUUUGUUUCUCCCCCCCCCGCAACCCCCGCCGUCAGCUACGAAGAGCGACUUUGGUGACCUCUAAUGUCACGUGACAAAGCCUCCCUCUCCCCCCCUCCCCCAUCGUUGUAGUCGUUCGCGCUUUUAAGUUCCAAAAAGCUGCGGAGUUUCCAAGUCUGCGCCUGUUGAAAAGCCAGUUUAGGAAAUGGGCCUUUGCGAGCAAAUUUAUUUUGCUUUUCUCUUGAGGGAAUUCUCCGUGAGGCAAAUUCGCCUCUAGCGCAGUGGGCAGAACAAACCGGUUGAGCCUGCAACGGGGAGAUGGGUUUGUUUUCUAUUCAGGCGGAUCCGGGGACAACCUACACGGGGUCCUAAUGGAGCUGGGUCCUGACGUGACCUUUGUAGGCUCGAAAGGCGUGAGCCGGGCAGGAGAAACCCGGCGCUGGUUAGGGAAUUGGCUCUUGAACACCGGCAAGAUCCCGCUUUGAGGAUUUAUGAGCUGGGUGUGGGGAGCGCACGUGAGGAGGAGGCGGCGGUGGUGGAGGCGGAGGCCGUUGGGACAGCAUGGGGGUGAUAGGUGUGCAGCUGGUGGUUACCAUGGUGAUGACUAGCAUUAUACAGAAGAUCAUACCUCACUACUCUCUUGCCCGGUGGCUUCUUUGCAGUGGAAGUUUGCAGUGGUACCUGCAUCCCACAGAAGAAGAAUUACGUAUUCUUGCAGGAAAACAACAAAAGGGAAAAAGCAAGAAAGAUAGGAAGUACAAUGGUCACAUAGAAAACAAGCCAUUAACCAUUCCUAAAGACAUUAAUCUUCAUCUGGAAACAAAAUCUAUCACUGAAAUAGAUGCAUUGGCCUUGCAUUAUUUUCCUGAGUAUCAGUGGUUGGUGGACUUCACAGUGGCAGCUACAGUGGUGUAUUUGAUAACUGAAGCUUACUAUACUUGGAUGAAGCCUUCACAAGAAAUGAAUAUCAGCAUAGUCUGGUGUUUUCUUGUUCUUGCUUUUGCAAUCAAAAUAUUGUUCUCAUUAACUACACACUACUUUAAAGUUGAAGAGGGAGGAGAAAGAUCAGUCUGUGUAACCUUUGGCUUCUUUUUCUUUGUCAAAGCUAUGGUAAUUCUGAUUGUAACAGAAAACUAUUUGGAGUUUGGACUUGAAUCAGGUUUUUCCAAUUUUUCAGAAAGUGCAGUGCAAUUUUUUGAAAAACAAGGGUUGGAAUCCCAAGGAUACGUAAGAUACAUAAUGAGGAAAAAUCUGAUGGGGAGCCCCCAGCUCUGUCUCUUUUCAGUGGGUCCUGUUUCUAAGCUAACCUUCAAACUUUUCCUGGCUAUCCUCUGUUCACUUAUUGGAGCUUUUUUGACGUUCCCUGGUUUGAGGCUGGCUCAGAUGCAUCUUGAUGCUUUGAGUUUAACAACUGAAAAAAUCACCCAAACUCUGCUACAUAUAAACUUCCUGGCACCUCUGCUUAUGGUGUUAUUAUGGGUAAAGCCAAUUACCAAGGAUUAUAUUAUGAACCCACCAUUAGGAAAAGAAAAUGUGCCUUUAAUGUCAGAAGCUACAUUCGAUACUCUAAGAUUGUGGAUUAUAAUUCUCCUAUGUGCUUUGAGGUUAGCCAUGAUGCGCAGCCAUCUCCAAGCCUAUCUGAAUUUAGCACAGAAAUGUGUGGAUCAAAUGAAAAAAGAAGUUGGAAGAAUAAGUACUGUUGAAUUGCAGAAAAUGGUGGCCAGAGUGUUUUACUAUCUUUGUAUAAUUGCUCUUCAAUAUGUGGCACCUCUGGUUAUGUUGCUGCACAUGACUCUUCUAUUAAAAACUUUAGGUAACUAUUCGUGGGGCAUUUAUCCAGAAUUAACCUCAGAUUUACCCCCAGAGGACAGUCCACAGAGCAGUUCAGUAAACUCUGAAUUGUCAUCUGAUGAUAGAAAGAUGAAGGUAACCGUAAUACAGCUAACAAUGGCUCUGGCUAGCCUGAAGAACAUUUUCACUCCACUGUUGUUCAGAGGACUCCUUUCAUUUCUCACUUGGUGGAUUGCUGCUUGUCUUUUUUCCACAAGCCUUUUUGGGCUGUUCUACCAUCAAUACUUGACAGUAGCAUGAUUUUAGAAAGCAACCAUUCAAAGAAGCCUGUGUUCCCCAACAGAGCAGAAGAAUAUUGGAAGAAAUUACAUAAUAAAUUUUUAUUCCUUUAAUACCUCUUCUAUGGUCACAAGCAAUGUAGUGUGUAAUAUCAAAAAAACUUGAUUUCAUAAUACUGUUACCCAAAUUUAUAGUCAGAAUAAGGAGAGGGUUACUUUGAAUUUUGUUUAAGUAACUUUUGUUUUCAUGAGUUCCAUCCUACCCUGGGAGCAUGAUGUAUUCAGUCAUUGAUUGACUAAUCUUAGUGGUGUUAAGAUAAAAAGAUAAUAUUAAUGGUGACUGCUUAAAGGUGAACUUUUAAUUGAGCCAUAUAAGGAGUCAGAAACUUGGAUGACUUUUCUUUUGAAAAGCAAACUAAUUCCACAGGACAAAUGAAAUACUGUAUAUUACAGUACAGGAAACAUUCUGAAUAGAGUUUGUUGUAAGUGCAUGGAAUACAGAAGAAUUGUCCUACAGGAGGUGUUUUCAUAUUAGUACUGCAUCACUUGUGUGAAAGUUCAGGAAUGUAAGUUUCUCAGAUGUUACAGCAUGUGUCUCUGAGCACCCAUAUAUUUAAAAUAAAUAUUUAGUGUAUAUAAUCUGCAGGUAGUAAGAUCAUGAGUUGUUUGAAAGCUUACUACGUGUACUUUGCUUCUGCACAUUCACAUAUUAAAUUAUGUAAAGUGGUAUAAUAUGCUCAUGCAUCUCAUUAUACCACAUAAUGUAAUGUGUCAAGAAGUUCUAAAAAUUCGUAUUAUAAGAGUAAUAUAACUAUAUUGUUUUGGUCUCAUCAAUCAUUUUAAAAAUAAUAAAUGGCCAUAUGAAUCAUUGAAUGUUUAGUAUUGGUGCUAAUAAUUAACUAGAAAUUUAUUUAGCUUUUAUAGUUCCAUAAUUUAACAAAUGCCAUUGUUAUAGCACUAGUCGAUGAUGUUUGACACUAAUCAAUACUAAACUAAUUUUAACAAGUAUAAUUCAAUAAACACUAUUUGAAAAUAUCAGCAGUGAAAUAUAUACUGCCGGAUGGGCAAAUUUUGUUAAUUAUAAUGGUAAGGACUAUCCUAGCACAAAUAGUUUCAACCUUUGUAAUAAUAAUCGCUUAAACCUGUAUGCCACCUGACUAUCAAUGACUCUGGGUGGCUCACAACAAUAAAAUAAAUAAAAAAUAAAGAUAAAGGAUGGCAAACAUGAUGAAGUGAAAGCUCUCCCUUGCCAAAGAUCUGGGUGAAGACCCAGAUCUUCACAGUUCCAAACAACAACCAGAGUGGGGUGUAUAGGUCUGAGGGUGGAGUGUGAGAGUAAAUUUACUCUCAUUCUAGAGAGUAAAUCUGACUACAGAGAAAGUACACUUCAGGGAUUCUGAGAUAUGAGAUUAUUUAAUUAAAGGAACCCAAAGCAUGCCAACGUGCAGGAUCAAAUUGGCUGGGCAGUUGUUAUGAGAGACAGGUGAUCCCUCAUGUAAUCAGGCCCUAUGCCUUAUAUAGCCAAAGGUGACAGCCAGCACCUUGAAUUGCACUCAAAACCAAACCAAUAGUUACUGCAGCUAAUGAAGCAGAUGUGUUCCAUGGGCAUACCAACGCAUGCCAGUUGCUGGUUAUGACACUGUUAAUACUUACAUCUACUAUAUACUCCCAUCUUUUUGAAACUCUACAUAAAACCACUGGGUGAAGUCAUCCAUUGGUUUGGGCUUCUGUAUCAUCAAUGUCACACAAUCAUUUCUUUUGAUCAGGGCAGCCAAUGAACCACAAUAUUUUGUGAAGUGAAAAGUUAUAAUUUCACUUAUGUAAAUUUUCUUUGCAGUAAAUUCCAUUCUUUUUGGGGAUAACUAUCCUUUCAUCUGACUAUUGUAAUCAUAAUAUAAAUGUAUAGAUUAGCCAUUUAUAAAAAAACAUUUAAGACCAUAUUCUCUCAGCAGAAAUGAAUGGGUAUAUAUUCUAGUGGUAGAUGGAAAUGACAAUUCCAAAUAUUUGUCCAAAUGGUGAAUCAUGACCUAUAAUUCCUUGAUAUAAAGUGAGUUACAUCCAUGGUCCUUUUGUUAUUUCCUACAACCUUACAUUGAGAUAUAUCCCCUCAAAAAUUAGAAUUAGGUAACAUUAUCUAAAUGGAUACAAAGAGCAGUGCAUGUCUGAAAAAGUAAAGAAAUAUGCAGACAACUACAAAAACCAAAAUUUUGAAUGGAACCCUUUAUCUAAAUACUCAACAUUAAAAGUACUUAUACAAACUACUCAAACUGACUCCUUCCCAAUAUUAUAUCUAACAUUUUAUAAGUUUUGUUUCCAAUCUAAUACCACAGCAGAUUUGACUACCAUUUCAAAAUUAAGUCUUAAAUGUUCCUAAUUUGUGCCCAAUCAGACUAAUAUAUUAUCAAUACUGUUGGUUAGGUUUAAGCAUUUUCAAACAGGCUUAUUUUCCUGUUGCUCUUUAUGUGAGAAAAACUACAUAUACAUUUGAGGUUGAUUGCCAGCUUUGCAUAAACCUUUUAACACUCCAGUUUUUUAAAGUGCUCAGAAAAGUAGCAUAUCAUUUUUAAAAACAACUGCCAGAAUACAAAUUUUGAAGUUUGUGCUCCUUUCCCAAACAUUAAAGUUUUUUUUAACCAAAAUUAAGUGCAGUUCAGUUUAUUGAUAGUAGAUUGAACUGUGGUUGGAUUUCAUGUACUUCUGAAGGAUACAUUAAAAAAAACCCUGAAUCUUCAGACAUGCAUGCAUUGGGGCUUUCCUGUAUCUCUUCCCAAUCAAAGUUUCUUCUACCUUUUCUGAAAACUUGGUGUUGUAGAUUGGUAUAUUCAAAUGGUAAAGAACUGCAGCAAGAGGGAGAAAGUGGUAGAAAUAAUGCAUAUAUAAUUUUGUAAAUGUGUUUGCUAUUUAACAAUUUUCUUUCUAAACCAUUUUUGUCUCAAUAUGAUAGUAUUUUGUGACAUUUCUGCACAUCACUGAUUAUUCUUCUGUAAGAAACAAAACAUUGAUAUUGCAAUGGUAAUUUGAUUUGGUACUUUGAGAUUUUUUAACACACCCUUUAUUUAACUUUGUUUGUAUUCUUUUGUUGAUUUCUUAAUUAUCAAAUUGCUUUUGUACAAGAAUUUUCUUACAUAUUUGGUGGAAAAGGCAUUCAUACAUAGCUUCAUCUAUUAAAAUGAAUAUCAAGACUUUCUUCUGAAAGAAGUAUACAUGAGUUGGAAAGAUAAAACAUGGGGAAAUGGCAAAUGAAACAAAGUUUAAUGUUGAAAAAAGCCUUGUGGAAAAUGGGUUGUAACCAGUGACUGAAAUCCAGUAUUACCUGGACAAAUGGAUUAAAUUAUGUGGUAACAAAGAAAAAUAUAAUCCAUACUGAAAUUUAAGUAUUCAUGGAAUGCUGCAUAGCAAUCUGUAUGGAUUGCCACAUACAAUAUUUCUUGUGCAAAUUUUAUUUUUAAAAUAUUGGUUAAUUGCAACCUAUGUUUUAAUGAAAUUAGGUUGUAACUCCUUUGGUAUCUAUCAACAGCAAAUACAGCUGUUUCCUAAGUUUGAAAUAAAAAUGUUUGUUACAACAUUUUUCAUAUUUUUUUUUUUUAUAAAAUCACAUUUGAAUAAAUUCACAAUGCCUUAAAGUACUGAAAUGUUUCUGAAGAAUUAUACCAUCCUUUGGUGAUGAAUCUUGAUGACUCUUACAUGGGAACAUUUCAGCAACUAUUGCUUUCCAGUUUAAAUAUCUUGUUUUAAUCUUGUUUUACUGUAAGAAAACAUAUGGCAUUUGAAUAUGUUAAAUAUUUUAUCAAAAUAUUUUCCAUUUCUGUGAUUUAUGAUAAAAAUGCCUCGACUAAAUAUGGGUCAAACACUCAGUUGGGUUUUAGAAAAGCUAGUUGCAGUUGAUGGGAAAUAUUUUUGUGCUAAGUAUUGAGAAAUAAUUUUAUAAAGUAUAUUCAUAAGAAUGAACAAUCUAUAAUACAGCUUUAAUUGGAACAAUAUGUUAACACAGAAUAACAUUCUACAGAACCAUGUCAUUCUCCAAUUGAUAUUUUUCUACUUUUUAAAUAUUCUACCACACUGGUAAGAUAUUGGUAUAAAUUAUUUGUUUAAUAGAUUGAAAGUAUCUUUUAAAAUAGAUGACAUGAAAUAAAAAAGAGAAUUUUGAAAUCAGAAGAAAUAGUCCUACUUAUAUUGAUCAUUCUGUUAAGAACAGUGUUAAGUUAUUUAACUGAGACAAAGUUUCAGAUAUCCCCACCCACCACCCGGUUGGCCCUGAAACUCACCAAAUAACUUUUAGAUGGAGAAAGAUAGACUCCCCAAUCUACCUCAGGGUUGUGGCUAUAAAAUGAAAGGAGAACCCCCCCCCCUUUUUCCCAUUACAUUGCUUUGAAGGGAGACUCUGUCUCUCUGGGUUACACUGCUUUGAGUUCCUGAAAAAAAGCCACGCAUAUAAUCAUCAGUUGAUUAUGGGCCAUCAAGUCAGUGUCAGCUCUUAAUUAUCAUGUAAAUAGAUUUUCUUGGAAGCAUGCACUACAUACAGUCGAUAAAGUGGCAUUACUUAGAUAUGACAAAAAUUAUCUAUUAAAAGAUUAUAGCUAACGUUGGAUUUUGAAGAAGCAAUAUAAAAAUAUUUAAGCUUUUCAAUUUUGGUGUUGGAGAAGACUCCUGAGAAAAUCAUGGACAGUAAGAAAAUAAACAUGGAUCAUCAAGCAAAGCAACUCUUCUUACUCCAGGUAUAGCUGAGCUAGCUCAAAUUGUCCUCCUUUGGACACAUGAUGUGAAGGCAUACAGUAGUUUUCUAGAGAAAGCUGUAGUCUGGGAAAGAGACUAAAAAGGAUAAUUAGCAGCAAGGUGGGUAAACAAAGUUACAGUUGCACUGGGUGCACCACUGAAAGAUCUGAAAGACCAGGUUAGGGACAGAUCAUCAUGGAGAAAAUCUAUGUGUCUCUAAGAGUUGACAUCAACUUGAUGGUACAUAAUUAGUAGCUAUUGGUGUAAAUAUCUGCUGAAAAGGAACUUAACAGGAAUAUAUUGCCAAAAUAUUUUUAUUUUAUUUUAUUCAAGAUGAUAUUGGGAAGAUAAAUCUAGUAGAAUAGUAACUUUUAGAUAAAACACAUUGCACAAUGUAAUAUUAUAUUUUCUAUUUCUAUUAUCUGAGAUAGUCUAGAUUCCUUUGUGUAUUUGUGAUAAAAGUGAUUAAGAUGAAUUUAACUCUGAGAUUAAGCUUUUUUAUUCCUUUAUAUUGUUUCAAGUAAAUUUAUAAGAUAUUAAGUGGCAGGAUCAUCUCAAGAUUUUCACUGUAAAGUAAAAUUACUUGUUGAGAAAGGUGAUAUGAUUUUCCACAUAUGUGUAUCUUGAACAUUUAUCUUUGGUCACUGGUUUGAAUAAGAUACAGCAGAACUGAGCUCCUUUUUUCGAGAUUAGUCUGAAAGCUAUUAUUUCACUCCAUUGCAAUUCUGGCAAACAUUUGGAAACAUGUUUGUCUAGUAAUAUUAUUUCAAUUCCUGCACUUUAUGACAUAAAAUGAAUAAGAAAAAUAUUGUAUCACAGAUACACAUUUGACCAUUUUUCUGCAUAAAAAGCUCAUUUGGGACAACCCAGUAUAGAGGGUUAAUCUUGAAGAGGGUAUGUAGCAAUAGUUAAGAUAAAAUAAUAGGCAAUUCAGUUCUGGGAAAAUAAAAGGUAUGAGAAAGAAUCUCAGAAUACCCCUGCUUUGAUUUUUAUUGUUGUAAGGUAUAAUAAAAUAGCAUUCCUGUAAUCUUUUAUUGUCUCUUUGCUCACUUUGUUCACCAUGAAGGGUGAACAUCCAAGUUGUAGUAGCCAUUGUUUUUUAAGUAGGUCCUUUGUCAAUUUCACAUUAUCAUCACUUUGGAUCAACUUAGGGUUUUGUUUUUUGUUUUUUUAAUUUGAUUUAUAUGCCGCCCUUCUCCAGAGGCUCAGGGCGGCUUACAAUGCGUUAAGCAAUAGCCUUCAUAUAGUUCUACAAAACCAGUGAUAGAAUUUUAAGCCAAGUUUACACAAGACUCACUGUUUAAUUCAGUUUUAGCUCUUGUUAUUUGAGUUCUUUGACCAUUAUUCCAUUGCUGUUUCUGAAGUUAUUCAAAGCUGAUACAGGUUUUGCAGCAUUAAUUAACAAUGUUAAACUUACAAUCACUGCUGAUUUAAAAAAUUGAAGGAAAUUUAUUAAAUUAAUAUUAGCUGUUCCUAUUAGACUUGAUCUCAGCCAAAAGGCCAAGAAACUGUUUUUACAUUCUUUGAUUUCAGGAGUAUGUCCUGUUUGUGUAAACCAAUAAGUUGCUUUAAAGAAUGUGAAAUUUAUUUUUAUCUUAAAAUGAGGUUCUUAUAAUAGAAAAUUUUAUUUCAUGUUUAUUUGACACAGAAUGUUUAAUAAGAGUUGAUUGCAAUCAACUUUUUUUGGGAGAUGCACUUGCAAUGUUUGAGCACUAAUUUGCAUGGUUCGGACUUGUCUGUAUAUUGUGGGCUGAAAUACACAUAACUGUUAACAAGAUUUGAAGCCAAUUGUUAUAGAUAAGGAUGCCUAUGUUUUGUCUUAUUACACCUUUAAUAUUUAUAAUGCAUCAAGUAUUGCGGACUUUUUCCACAUGGUGGAUGCAGAAGUAUUUCCUUUACAACAAGGGAAAACUACUACUAUUUUACAAUAGACUACUGAUGUAUGUGGUCUUUACAUUUGAAUUGCAGGGUAUAUGUUUGUUCCUAACAAGAGAGCAUCACAGAGGGCUUUCUUGCUCUCUCUUUUUUUAAAGCAAUCUAGUCAAAUGCCUUGGAGAUGCUUGUCUAUGUGAUCAUUUUCCAUUUUUUUCUUUUUCCUGUAUUCUUUAAAAAACACUGUUAUUUUAUUCUGUCAUGUAUGCAAUUUUCUCUUGCUAAUGGGUUUGAUGUGAUAAAAAUAAAUUAUAAAAAAGAAUUAAGUGG